AAGACAGUAUCUAUUGGUGAUAUCAGCAUUAAAGUUAAAGAAUCAAAACAUCCAGAACUUGUACCGACUAAAUACUUGCCUAAAGAAGUACCUCAGUCCAUAUUAAGACAUUUAAGAUGGAUAAUGCAAAAGGAUCUCCUUGGUCAGGAUGUGUUUCUGAUUGGUCCACCAGGUCCAUUCAGAAGACAGGUGGCUCUCAUGUAUUUGGAACUAACUGGAAGAGAAGCAGAAUAUGUUUCACUGUCACGUGAUACAACAGAAUCUGACUUAAAACAGAGAAGGGAAAUAACUGGUGGUACAGCAUAUUAUCUGGAUCAGAGUGCAGUAAAGGCAGCUUUAAAAGGAAGAGUGCUAGUAUUAGAAGGAAUAGAAAAAGCUGAAAGAAAUGUCCUACCUGUGUUGAAUAAUUUAUUAGAAAAUCGUGAAAUGCAGCUGGAUGAUGGGAGAUUUCUUGUAGCAGCAGAUCGUUAUGAUAAGUUACUGGAAGAACAUUCUAAAGAGGAACUUGAUUCCUUGCAUUUAGUUCGCGUUAGUGAGAACUUCAGAGUUAUUGCCCUUGGUUUGCCUAUUCCUCGUUACCAAGGCAACCCCCUGGACCCACCAUUACGAUCCAGAUUCCAGGCUAGAGAUAUAAACCCAUUACCAUUUAAGAAAGGAGAAAUCCUGAUUAUGCACAAUCAAUUACCUAACUUUUGGUUUUCUUUCAGAAUUGCUCAGAUGCUAUCAUUUGCUUCUACCAUGUUAACAGCAGAGUCUGUAACUAUGGGUCUGCCUGAUUUUCCUCUAGAUAAUUUAAAACAUAUUGUCAGUAUCAUGGAUAAUAUACCAAAUUUAUCAAGUCAUGAGAUGAUCCAUAGAUUAUACCCCUAUACUGUUAUGUUGGGUCCUGAUGGUAAAACAGCUGUAAAUGAUACUCUUAAUAAAUUUGAGUUAGUAGAUAAAGGUAUGAUUGAAUCUGGUGUAGUUGGUUUAAAUAAAGAUGGUACGAGAGCUGAUGUUACUUUACAACAUGGUGGACAACAAUACCGUCUUAAUGUGGCAGCAGGUGUGUUAAAUGGUAAUACACAGUCUGAGUUUGUACAAACCAAAUAUCAUGAUACAUUACUAUCACAAAUGUUACAGUCACAUUUAGUUCACGACUUCGCUCUCAUUGGACCAAGGGGUUGUGGUAAGAGUGCUGCUAUCAAGAAGUUUGCUGAUUUAUUGGGUUAUCAUAUAGAACCUAUCAUGUUAUAUCAGGAUAUGACAUCAAGAGACUUACUUCAACAACGAACAACAUUACCCAAUGGUGAUACAACAUGGCGGCCAUCACCCCUAGCAACUGCAGCUAAAGAUGGUAGUUUAGCUGUAUUAGAUGGUGUUCAUAGAAUUAAUCCUGGUUCUUUUGCUGUUUUACACAGAUUAAUACAUGAAAGAGAACUUCAGUUAUUUGAUGGUAGUAGAUUAUUACAUACAGAUAAAUAUGAUAAUAUAAAAACUCUACAUGGCUAUACAGAUCAAGAAAUGGAAGACAGGAGUAUCUAUCCAAUUCAUCCAUCAUUCCGUAUGGUAGCUCUAUCUGAACCACCAGUAGUUGGUAGUAGUAAACAACAAUGGUUGACACCAGAAAUACUCACCAUGUUUUUAUACCAUAAAAUACGACCUCUAUCAAGACUAGAGGAGACUGAAGUUAUACAAAAACUGGUACCAGGGGUACCAGAUUUAGAUAAAUUAUUUCAGUUGGUUCAUAAUUUACGAGAUUCAACAGAUGCUACACUCCAGUCUCUUUCAUCAUCAUUAUCAACACGUCAACUGAUACGUAUUGCUAGAGUUUUAUCAGCAUAUCCUUCUAAUGAUUUAUACAACAUUGUACAUAAAGCUUGUCUAGCUAGAUUUUUACCUAGACUAGCCAGGUCAGCAUUAGAUCAGUCACUAGAAAGUGUUGGUAUUUUACCCCCAAAAUCUGAUAGUACUACUACUUUACUUCAUGAUAAUAUAACUUGUGAAGUUGAUAAUGGUAAACUACGUAUUGGUAAUACAGAAGUUAAUGUUUUUAUACCAGAUAAUCUGACUAAAGUUCCUGAUAUUCUAUUCUAUGAUAAUCCUCAGCAUUUAAGUGUAAUGGAAGAUAUGUUAAAAGAUUUUACUCUGGGUGAACAUUUAUUAUUAGUUGGUAACCAAGGUGUCGGAAAAAAUAAGAUCAUAGACAAAUUUCUACAAUUAUUAAAUAGACCUAGAGAAUAUAUUCAACUACAUAGAGAUACCACAGUUCAAACAUUAACAUUACAACCUACUGUACAAGAUGGUGUUAUUAUAUAUGAAGAUUCUCCAUUGGUAAAGGCAGUGAAACAAGGUCAUAUAUUAGUGGUAGAUGAGGCUGACAAGGCACCAACUCAUGUUACUUGUGUAUUAAAAACAUUGGUUGAAUCUGGUGAAAUGCAUUUAGCUGAUGGACGUAGAAUAGUUAGUGCUACUUCUGGCUUUAAACCAUCAGACUCUAUCAUAGUUUCUCAUCCUGAAUUCAGAAUGAUGGUGUUAGCCAAUAGACCUGGUUUUCCUUUCUUAGGCAAUGAUUUCUUUGGUGCAAUGGGUGAUAUAUUUAGUUGUCAUGCUAUAGACAAUCCUGACAUCCAGUCAGAAAUGUCCAUGUUAAAACAAUAUGGUCCUGAUGUUCCAGAAGCUACCUUAAAGAAACUAGUUCUAGCGUUUGGUGAACUACGUGAUAUGGCUGAUCAGGGAUUGAUAGCGUAUCCCUACUCUACUAGAGAAGUUGUCAAUAUGGUGAAACAUCUACAGAAAUUCCCUAAAGAAGGUUUAACAACAGUUGUAAAGAAUGUGUUUGAUUUUGAUUCAUAUAAUAAAGAAGUGAAAGAGUCUAUAGUAGAUACAAUGAAGAAACAUGGAAUACCUCUCGGUGCCAGUGAGGCUUCAGUUAAACUAGCUAAAGAAAUACCAUUACCACCGUUAGAAUUACAGGGUAAAUGGAAUAUAGCCAGUACAGGUUUACGUCAAAAAACAGCUUUACUCAGUUUACCAGUUGAAACACAUAGAAUAUCUGUUAAGGGUCCAGUACAGAUGUAUUUAGAAAAUAAACUAUUAGAUAGAAUAGAAGCUAGAUCUAAUGUAUUCAGUGAACAAGAAGCCUAUUGGAGUAUACCAAUGGAAGAGGUCAAUAUGAUUUGUGAUGUGGCUGUUUCUAAAGGACGUAAUAAACAUGAUGUGAUAUAUUCUGUAUCUGCUAAUCCUAUAACUGUUUAUUCUAUGGAUUUAAAGAGUGGUAGUUUAAAUAGUUUAGAUCUGUAUGAUGUUUUCCCAUCUACUGUGGGUACAUAUAAACCAAGAGUUAAAUUAAUGCCUCUAUCAGCACCAUUAGAUGAUUGUAUUUUACUACAUGAAGAAGUGACUAAUGUGAUAUUAAAUGUAAAUAUGGAAAUAGGUCAGAUUACUAGAAUAUUAUGUCCUGGUUUACCUGAAACUCCCAUAGAAAAACGUAGAUUUCCAUCUUCAGCACCAAAACCAAGUAAUCAGUUUAAAAUGUGUCAUAGAACAGAAACAGAUCAUUUUGGUACAGUGGCUUUUUAUAAACAAGAUGGAUCAUCUAUAGAAAUAAUUAAUUUAUUAGAAGGUAUAACUCAUACUAUAUCUUCACCUAUCAAUAUAUCAUCAAUGUUACCAGUAUCACAUACACAAUGGUUGAUAACAGAGGCUAAAACAUCCAGUAAAUAUUUAUUAGAUAGAAGUAAUAUUGAGGAAUUUACACUACGUCCUAUUACUGAAGAAAUAGGUGAAGUGGAAUCUAAGUUUAGCCUGAUGUCAACCCUGCCUCUAUCUAGUGGUAUAUUAAGUCAAGCUCUAAAUGAGAAUAUCACUAGUCCUAAUAGAGUAUAUUCUACACCGUACACCUACUCUACUAUAUUACUAGGAUUCCCAGAUUUGGCAACUUCUGAAUUAUAUACCAGUUCUCGAGAACCAUUACCUCAAAACAAUACCUAUUCACAAGCUGAUCCUUUCUUUAAAGUAAUAGCUAAACCUCCUGCACCAGAUCCUAGAUCAGGGGUAGCCUAUUUACCAGAAUCAGGUCAAAUAAUUCAAGCUCUACCGACCUGGAAAGUACCAAAAGAUAUUCUACCACAAGGAGAUGAGAAUAAAGCUCGAGAUUUAAGUGGAUAUUUAGAAGUAUGUGAUUUAGCUCAUCAUAAAUUACGAUAUGUACCCAUACCAGGGACCUUACAUGUCUCACCAUAUGCUUCUUGGUUAUUUGAUAUGUCUGAUGUGAAUGUAUUUAUGGCACCAUUAAGUAAUGAUGGACUAGUAACUAUAGAUAUAGGUGGUUGUGUUAGACUGUGGGAAACAUCAGUUGUUCAUCUAGAAAGAUCAUUAAAUGAAUGGAGAAAUAUGAUAGGAGUUGAGGAUACUAGACCUUUACAGCUAAAUGUUGAGAGAGAAAGUGGACGUGAUCAUGAAGACAUUGAUCCUAAACAUGGUAAAAUAGAUCCUUCUAAUAAUCCUCAUGUAGGAGGAGGACAGUGGGCUGGUGGUGUAGGUGGUAGUGGAACAGCAGGUUUAGGAGGGUUUGGUGGACCCUAUAGAUUAGAUUCUGGUAAUGAAGUUUAUCAGGUACCACAAUGGGAGAAAGAUGCUGUACCAGAAUCAGUACGUAAAGCGGCCCAUGAAAUGGCUCAGAAGGCAUUUAAAGAAAGAUUAAGAGAAAUAGAAAUGAGUGAAUUCGAUGCAGAUACUUACAAUAAAUUUUCUAGUAGUGUUAAGCGUCAAGUUCAGUCAUUAAAAGUGAUACUUGACAGUUUACAGGCUAAAGGUAAAGAGAGACAAUGGUUAAAGAAUCAGUCUUAUGGUGAUUUAGAUGACUCUAAACUAAUAGAAGGUUUAACGGGGGAGAAGUCUAUUUAUAAACGACGAGGAGAGAAGGAACCAGAGAUGGGUACACCACAAGAAUUACCAAAGAGAUUACGGUUUGUAGUAGAUGUGUCUGGUAGUAUGUAUAGAUUUAAUGGUCAUGAUGGAAGAUUGGAACGAGAAAUGGAAACAGCCUUGUUAGUCAUGGAAGCUUUAGAAAACUAUGAAGACAAAAUCAAGUAUGAAAUCUAUGGUCACUCUGGUGAAGAUUAUAAUAUACCAUUUGUUAAAGCUGAUAAACCACCCAAAAACGAAAAACAGAGACUUGACGUAUUAAAGAUGAUGCAUGCCCAUUCUCAGUUUUGUUUAAGUGGAGAUCAUACACUAGAAGCUACUAAGUUUGCUAUAGAAUCUAUUGGCAAAGAAGAAGCAGAUGAACAUUUUGUGAUAGUAUUGAGUGAUGCCAAUUUUGAUAGAUAUGGUAUUAGACCUACCAGGUUUGCUGAUAUACUAACUGGAGAUGAAAAUGUUAAUGCUUAUGCUAUAUUUAUUGGUUCAUUAGGUGACCAGGCUAUUAGAUUAUCUAAACAGUUACCAAUGGGUCACUCAUUUGUUUGUAUGGAUACCAAGAAUUUACCUCAAAUAUUACAACAGAUAUUUACAUCAACUAUGUUGUCUACCUGA